AUGAGAACUCUAAAUCUGUUCAUCAUCCUCUUCGUACUCAUCGCCUCAUCGUCGUCGUCCCACGCCCUCAAAAUCACCACUCCUCUCAUCCACCGCGACUCGCGGUUCUCCCCGCUCUACAACGCCACCGCAACCGCCGCCGACCGUGCAGAGAGAUCGGUGCAGGCAUCCCUCGCCCGCCAUGCAUAUCUCGCCGGCCAUGCAUCACUGAUCUCGUCGUCGACGACGACUUCGUCGGACGAGGAUACCGUGAACAUCGAGGCUCCGCUGGUGCCGGUCAUCGACCACGCCUCGUUCUACGUCAACUUCUCGAUCGGCGACCCGCCGGUGCCGCAGCUGGCCAUCAUGGACACUGGCAGCAGCUUCACGUGGGUGAAGUGCCUGCCUUGCACUCCUUGCUCGUCGGGCUCCGGCGCCGUCGCGCCGUUCGACCCGUCACUGUCCAAGACCUAUAGCGCACGGGCGUGUACCAGUCAGUGCCGGAGGUGCACUACAGGUUGGCCAUGGUCGCCAAAGCACUGCAAAUACAAAAUAGACUACGCGGGCGGCCACAGUUCCGAGGGAGUCUACGCCACCGAGCAACUGACCUUUCAGACCUCCAACAAUGGAUUCGUGACCACAAUCCCAAAAGCCUUCUUCGGUUGUUCUAGCAAGCAGAGCGGGCCGGAAGGUCUCGACCCGCACGUCAACGGGGUUCUAGGAUUGAUGGCCGGAGCCGGCGAUCCUGAUUUCCCCGAUGGCCAGUUCCCUUUGGUUACCCGAUUGGGUACCAGCUUCUCGUACUGCGUCGGUAGCCUGUCCGAUCGUUACUACCCUCACAACCACUUAUCCUUCGGCGAUGCCGUCGACCUGAUCGGGGGAUCGACUCCCUUGUACCUCGAAGACGGCAGGUACUUUGUUCACCUCUCCGGCAUCAGCUUGGGUGGCAAGAUGUUGGACAUCAAGAAGCAAGUGUUCGCGAAGAUGGCAUUGAGGAAGAAGAUUGAGAUGGACAGUGGGUCGGAGUUGUUUCUCCUGUACAUCGAAGCAUUCGAGGUUUUGAAGGCAGAGAUCGAGAGGCUGGCUUUCUGGGAGCUGAUGACACCGGUCUCAUCUCCGCCGAGACCUUUCGAGCUGUGUUACAGAGGAACUGUGGAGAAAGAGGCUCGAGGGUUUCCGGCGAUGGGGAUUCGGUUCGUCGGCGGGGUGGAGUUGGUUGUGGAUCGUUUUGGGGUGUUCUUGCAGGUUAAGGAUGAUGUUUUCUGCUUGGCUAUUGUUAGGUCAAAGGGUGUGACCAUUAUAGGGAUGAUGGCUCAACAGAGUUACAAUGUUGGGUAUGAUCUGAAAGCAAUGACUGUGAGUUUCCAAAAAAUGGAUUGCCAACUUUUGGAACGAUGA